GUUGCUUCACUGCACCCUCCACCUUAUAGUGGGCAAGGCUGAUCCCAUUCCACCUUGGGCUGCCCAUUCUCUUUGUUUGUCUAGGCCUGAACCUUCCCAGGUGGCAGGGCCCCUUCCUCAGUGUCCCUACCCCCUGUGCCCCUGUGUGGAGCUCACUAGGCUGGCCUCAGGAGGGUGGGAAAGGGUGAUGGACAGACCUGGUUUCAAAUCCAGACUCAGUUCUGUGACCUCAGACAAGUUACUUAACCUCUCUGGACCUCAGUUUCCUCAUGUGUAUAAUGCGUCUAUUGCAACAGUAAAAUAAUGGCUAUAAAAUGCCCUGAUACCAUUCCUGGCCUAUUGUAAGAAAAAGGUAGUCGAUAUUAUUGUACUUUUUCAUUCUCCAAAGAAUUUCUGAGGCCACCUUGGACAAGACAGUGGAAUGGCAGAGGUAAUGAGCACCAACUCUACCUAUGAAGAGCUCACAGUCUAGUGGGGAAGUCACCCAGGGACACAUAACUGCUCCAGGGUGUGAUCAGCUCUGUGGUGCUGCACCAGAUCUGGGUGGUGUCCUAACUCCCGUUAUUUGCUAGCUGUGUGACUUUGGGCAAGUUGGUCGACCUCUCUGAGCUGCAGUUUCCUCUUCUGUACAACGCACAUCUCAUGGGUCAUUGGGAAUAUUCAGUGACAUGAUGCAUAUAACAUACUCAGCACAGUGCCUGGCAUAUAGUAGGUGUUGAAAUCAACAGUAGCUGCCAUUUUAUUAUUAUUAUUGUUAUUAUUCCCAUAUACAAGGUGCUGUUGGGAACACAGAGGAAGUGACUGACUGGGGGUUCAGGGAAAGCUCCGUAGAAGAGGGAACACUUGAGCUGGGUCUUGAAGGAUGAGUAGAAGUUCACCAAGUGGGAAAGGACACUCUAGGAUGGCCGAGCCUCGAUUUAACAACCCCUACUUCUGGCCCCCUCCUCCCACCAUGCCCAGCCAGCUGGACAACCUGGUCCUGAUUAACAAGAUAAAGGAGCUGAUGGCAGAGAAGAUCCGGCCGCCGCACCUGCCGCCCACGUCGGCCUCAUCGCAGCAGCCGCUGCUAGUGCCGCCCGCGCCGGCGGAGAGCAGCCAGGCCGUCAUGUCGCUGCCCAAGCUGCAGCAGGUGCCAGGCCUGCACCCGCAGGCAGUGCCGCAGCCUGACGUGGCGCUGCACGCGCGGCCGGCCACCAGCACGGUCACAGGUCUGGGGCUCUCCUCCCGGACCCCAGCUGUGAGCACGUCCGAGUCGAGCGCAGGCACGGGUACCAGCACCCCGUCCACACCCACCACCACCAGCCAGAGCCGCCUCAUCGCCUCAUCCCCCACCCUCAUCUCAGGGAUCACCAGCCCCCCCCUCCUGGACUCCAUCAAGACAAUCCAGGGCCACGGCCUGCUUGGCCCCCCCAAGUCCGAGCGCGGCCGAAAAAAGAUCAAGGCGGAGAACCCAGGGGGGCCACCUGUCCUCGUAGUCCCUUACCCCAUCCUGGCCUCGGGCGAGACUGCCAAGGAGGGCAAGACAUACAGGUGUAAAGUGUGCCCGCUGACCUUUUUCACCAAGUCAGAGAUGCAGAUCCACUCCAAGUCACACACAGAGGCCAAGCCCCACAAGUGCCCGCACUGCUCCAAGUCCUUUGCCAACGCCUCCUACCUGGCCCAGCACCUGCGCAUCCACUUGGGUGUCAAGCCCUACCACUGCUCCUACUGUGAUAAGUCCUUCCGACAGCUCUCCCACCUCCAACAGCACACCAGAAUCCACACAGGCGACAGACCCUACAAGUGCCCACAUCCUGGCUGCGAAAAGGCUUUCACUCAGCUCUCCAACCUCCAGUCUCACCAGCGCCAGCACAACAAGGACAAGCCCUACAAGUGUCCCAACUGCUACCGGGCCUACUCGGACUCCGCCUCCCUGCAGAUCCACCUCUCCGCGCACGCCAUCAAGCACGCCAAGGCCUACUGCUGCAGCAUGUGCGGGCGGGCCUACACCUCGGAGACCUACCUGAUGAAGCACAUGUCAAAACACACGGUGGUGGAGCACUUGGUGAGCCAUCACUCGCCCCAGAGGACGGAGUCCCCCGGCAUCCCGGUGCGAAUUUCCCUCAUCUGAGCCGACCCAAGGCACCGCCCCUCCCUGCCCACUGGCAGACAGACCCAGGCAGCACCAGGCCCUGACUCCCUCCAGGAGCCCUCCAGGAACAGCUGAGCUCUCUCAUGACCUUCCUGACCUUCCAGAAAGCCUGGGCCAUAGAAGCCCUGCCCGGUCCAGCUCUGCGGGCGGCCAGGCCAACUGCAAGAGUCUAGACUGUUUUGGUGGCAUCCAAAGACGAUCUCAGAGCACUUUGAACCUCUCUGCUGGGUUUUCCUUUUGUUCCCCACCCUUCACUUGCUUCACUGUUUUUUUUUUUAAGUUUGUUUUGGAAAUAACAAAAAAGAUAUUUAUUGGCCAAGAAGUUGGUGCUGCUAAGACCGAGAAAUUAAAAGAACCGGACAGAUGGACACAGAGAACCGAGGGCAGCGUGGGACCUUCUCUUGCCAUGGCCUCAGGUCUUGAGGGGGAGGCUCAGGCCGGGGUUUCUGGACUGCAAAGGGGACCCCCAGGUGGGAGGGGCAGGAGGCAGCUGGAGUGACCCACUCGCCCCUGGGUGCCCAGCUCAAGCCUCUGGAGCUGCGUCCCGGGCAUCACUGAGCAGAGGAAUGUGGCAGCUACCAGGGCUGCCCAGGCUUCAGGAGACAAACGAGAGGCCGGGAGGUCCGCAGGACCAAAGGGUGCAGCGCGUUGGGCUGGGCUGGGUGCAGGCCCAGGGAAAUGGGGUCGGGGUGGGCUGGGUAAGACCUGGUGCCCCCACUGCCCUGAAGACCACCCCAGUCUACCUCGGUGCUGGCCAGAAAACCUAUUGGCUACCUCUCCCACCAUCCCAGACUGUGGGCAGGGGGAUGGGGAGGGAGGGGGCCUGGGGCUAGGACCCCCCUCUCCAGAAUUUCCUCCAGAUGGGGCAGUGCCCAAGGAGGGGUUUUGUCUUCCCUGCCGUGGAGGGGACUCCCCAGCCCAGGCCCCAGGUCCCUCGGCAGGGAAGGGACCCUCGGGGAGGAGGGUCCCCAGGAGCAGACCCUGCCCUCAGCUCCCCCACACACACCCCAAUCUGAAAGCCAUGCGUGUCCGUGUAUAUAGGAACAAUGUACAGAGCCUGGGGAGGCCCCCCCACAUCCCCCUGGGGGGAAAAAAGAAAACUAGACAGAAUCUCAUCUAUAUAUUCUGUAUCUGGAGUUCCGUUUUGAAUAUUAACUGUGUUAUUUUUAUACACUUUUUAAGCCUUAACUCGCCAUUGAUUUACCAGUUUAACGUCUCCUGGGCUUUCUUUUCCCACGGGGUUCUCUGCCCCGCCCCCACCCCUUUGUUUGACUUGCGUCGUCUGAUACUCAGUAUUGUAGCUUUUCGUCCGCAUGUUACUACCCUGUAAAUACGCUGUUAUACAUACUGUUGACACCCCUUUGCUUUUUUCUAUGGGACCUCCAGGCCACCAUAUUUAGAACUAGUUACCUUAUUAAAAAAGAGAAAAGAGUGUUGGCUUCUCAGUCUGCAUCGUGGUGGCAGGGAGGUGAGGGCAGGUGCCCCUCAACGCUUCAGGAAGGAAAUUUGCAUUCUAUUUAAGAAAAGGGGUGGGGAGCAAAAUAAAAGUCGAAUGUGGGGCAGGACACUAAAGGGGGCAAGAAACAAAGGAAUUCCAAACCCUCUGCUCUUUGUAUUUCUCUGUUGUGAAGAAUAAACUGUACCUGCAGCCGGG